AUGGCAUUUAAGUUUAGUGUGGUCUUUCUCCUCUCCGUGUGCUCAGCUGCAAUUUGUGAUCUCAUUACGGAUGGAGUUCAUAUGGAGUGUCGUGAGCGUUAUUUCAUGAUAGCUGUUGAUCUCUCCUUCUCUGGAAAGGAACUUCGCUUUGAGGCUGUGGAUAGAACAGGAGUGUAUGCCAUCACUGAACAGUAUGCUGCAAAGUGUGGCUAUACCGUGAGUGCUCUCCCUCUCCUGGGCCACGUGGAGCUCAGAGCUUCUUAUUUCAGCUGCCACACUGACAACAAAGAUGACAUGUUCUCCUUUAAUUUUAACCUGCUCGCUACACAUAAGGGAAAGGAGGCCAGCUAUGCACUGAACAAGACCUGCACUUUAUCUCUCCAAUGGUCUCACAGAGAGGUUACCUGUGAGAUGAACUACAUGGAGGUGUCUGUGAGGAGUGAUGUUACCUGUCCUUUUGGGACAAACGGACACAACAGGAAUGCAGUCAGAGCUGUACGCAGCACCACCUCUUCAGACUGGCAGGUGACUUUUCAAAGACCGGAGGACCAGAUGCCGUCCAUGAAUGUGUCACAAGCACGGAAGCGGGGCUAUACGUUUGACUCGAGGGAUGGAAGACUUCUGUUUCGAACGCCCUAUGGACAACCCGACUCACUGAGCACUGAGGUGGAGGAUGUUCCAGUGGAGGCAGUGUAUGCAACUGUGUUCUCCAGACAAAACUGGGUUGUUCUUAUGGUCGACCUCUUGGCUGCUUGCUCCAUGUAUGAAGGUUACUUUGAUGACGGGGGCUAUAUGAUGUGGAAGACUCCGGAGGCGCUGUACCCGAGUGUCGGUGGCACACAGAUCAGGAUUGGACUCAACGGGGAUCCCAUGGAGCAGCUAAUUGCAGAGAAGAGGGGUUACAUUGUUGAGAAGCACAAGGGCACAGUCCAUGUCGGCAUCCCUUAUAAUGCUGAAGGAGGACACAGGAAGAGCUUUGUUAUUGGGAGCCUCUAUGAGUUUUAUGCCUUCGACCUCUCCGUGGAGCAGAUCUCAGUAGAUCGUGACUAUGUAGAUACCUUGCUCCAGUUUCGCAGGACUCUGGUUACUCCCCUGUUGCCCUGCACGAUUUUCACUCAUAAUCAAACAGUCCUUGAAGAACAGAUAUUCACCAUCUAUGUCGGCGAUGUUCCUGAAGAUGUCAUGUUAGUUUCUAUCCAGCUGAAUGAACAAGAAUUUACGUUGCCACUUACAAAUAUGAGCACCUACAAAGUCACUGAAGUUCUUCACCCUAACGGCACCCAUGGCUACACACUGAAGGUGCCGUUCCAGGACCCUGUUAUCAAACAGAAGUUCUUCAUAGAAGAUGCAGUUCUUCAGUUUAUGCUGGAUAUUAACUACACGCUGGUUGUGCUACCUGGAAAUGAGUCUUAUUACCACUUGGCAUCCAUUGUGGCAGUGUUCACAGAUGUCUCACCUCCAGCCCUUGAUGCGGUCUGCUCUGAGUCCGGGAUACGCUUCAAGCUGAACCAUCAGCCUUUUGACUACUUGUGGGAGUUUACCAUCAGGUUAGACGUGCUAACCUCAGACCUGGCAGACCGGCGUGGCUACAUCUUGAGUAAUGACAGCCAGAGUCUGCAGCUUGAUGUGCCACUUGCCACUCAUGGGUAUAAAUACCAGGAUGUCACUUUGAAGGGAUUCUCAGGAACUUUUGAGAUCCUUGUGAGAGUUCGUGAAACAUCAGAAGUCCAGACGUCCACAGUUAAGACCUGUCUGUUCAAUCCCCCAGAAUUCAUUAUGUGUUCGACUGAUGGGAUGAUGACUGUGGUGGCAAACUUGCCUCCAGUAGUCUCAAGUGGAGGGAGAACAUUAAGAAUGAGCCUCAUGGACAACUCCUGUGGGCCUAAAGAUAUGAAUGGCACCAGGGCCCUCUUUUCUUUUCCAGUCAACAGCUGUGGAUUUAUAUUUGAGCUUGGAAAGGAUUACGUGACUUAUCAAAAUGAGAUCUUCUACAACAAGAAUGACCAGAAUAUGGACUUGGUUUCUAGUGAUGCCACUGAGAGGGUGAUCGUGCAGUGUACAUAUCCUCUAUCUAGUCUCCAUCAACUCUUUACAAUGUACAGAUUUGUGUCUGAUACAGUUGGAGUUGGUAAAAUCAUCCGCACAGUGCAGUCCACAGCAGGACUGCAACGUCCCACCAGAAAGCCCACUGCAGCACUUCAAAGCACCCCUACUACAGCAAGACACACAAAACCUAUUGUGUUUGUACCUGGUGUUCAUCCAUCUGCUCGAUACUUCAGAGUUUCUAGGGUUCACAAUCUUGCAGGCGAUCCCCUUUCAGGAGCUUAA